GCACCAGGUCCAGGUAGAUGUGAUGGAGCUAAAUAAAUAGCACUAGUGAUCUCAGACAGAGAGAUCCAGCUGAUUUACUUAACACGGCAUCUCUUGCAUUAAAAACACUCACUGUCACUGGCAGAGAUCGCGUGAAGAAUACGUAUUAUACGACACCGUUAUCCGACACAGGCCGCCAGUAGAGAUCGAUUGCCGUCGUUAGUUGGACAAACAGUGAGUUGUAGAGACAUUUAACCCAUUUUAUGCAUGAAAUGUUCUGGACGGAGACUUAUACAUUGAUAUAUCUCAUACUGAGAGAUGUAGCUGCAAAAACAUAAACAAAAACAGAUUGUUAUCAAACCGACUGAAACGUGCACGGCGUUAAUCUAAUAAUCUAAUCUAAUAUGCACGAGCACAGGAAUGUGAUAAGAUUAUUUGUUUAGAUCGUAAAUUGUUUAAAUACUUAAGAGUUGCAGAAAUCAAGCUGCACAACAACAGCUCUUUCCAUGCGGAAAUGCAGAGCAACGCCGCGCAGCGAUUGGCUGCCCACCGUGUGUACUUCCGGAAACAAAUCGGUUCACAUCCGCUCUGUAUCAUCUGUAUCAUUGACUGAUGUUUUCAGAUUUUAAGGGUUUAUGUUUAAAAAAAAUCACGAAAAACAGUGGUUAAACAUUCAUUUGCGCGUUCCUGUUGCAAGCUAAGAUGAAGUUUUGGAGCUCCUGGUGAUAAAGUGGGUGCCAUGCAGAGACGCCACAGCAGCAACACUGAGGGCAUGCCGCCAGAAAGGAACAGGAGUCAAACUCUCGGUUCAGAGAGCAGUCUUGAUGAAGGAGGAGUGUUUGACUGUCUGAAGCCAGACUCUCCUACGUCGCCCCAGCAGCUCUUCUCUGGUCUGGUGGGCGUCUCUGCAGGAAACGUGUCCUCAGCUCCAUUCCAGGCUGCGGGACUGGUUCUGGGUUCUCCACCGGACGUCUUCAUUCAGAUGGCGUCCUCGUCAAGGGACGAAGGCUCUCAUCGGACGGAGAACCAACCUUAUCUUCCACGCCCUCCUCAGCACCAUCAUCACCAUCACCACCAUCAUCAUCACUCUGGCCAGCACCGCUCUUCUCUCCUGCAUGCGGCCACCUCUGCUGAGAGGCACGGGAGCAGGGAUGAUGGAGGUGACGAUGCCUCUACACCCGCUCCUGCUCUCUCUGAGCUCAAGGCUGUGGUCACAUGGCUUCAGAGAGGAUUCCCUUUUAUCCUCAUUCUCCUCGCUAAAGUCUGCUUUCAGCACAAGCUCGGAAUUGCUGUUUGCAUUGGAAUGAUCAGCACAUUUGCCUUUGCUAACUCAACGCUGAAGCAUCAGGUGGCAUUGCGAGAGGAGAGGUCUGUGUUUACCACUCUCUGGAUUAUGAUCUUUCUCGCUGGCAACAUUGUAUAUGUGUACUACACGUUCAGUGUUGAGGAACUUCACAACAGCCUUAUUUUUGCUAAGCCAAACAUCAACAGUUUUGAUUUCUUUGACCUGAUCUGGGCUGUUGGAAUAACAGAUUUUGUGCUGAAAUAUUUCACCAUCGAGCUCAAAUGCCUCAUACUGUUCCUGCCUAAAAUGAUCCUCGCUUUCAAGUCCAGGGGGAAGUUUUAUCUGCUCAUAGAGGAGCUGAGUCAACUUUUCAGAGCUUUGGUUCCCAUCCAGCUGUGGUACAAGUACAUCAUGGGUGAAGAUCCAUCCAGCAGCUACUUCCUGGGGGCAACGCUGAUUAUCAUUUACAGUCUUUGUAAGUCAUUUGAUUUGUGUGGAAGAAUAUCUGGCAUUCGAAAAGCAUUCGCCAUUCUCUGUAGCUCACAGAGUUACGGUACGAGAGCAAGUUCUCAGCAGUGCAGUGAGGCUGGUGAUGUGUGUGCAAUCUGCCAGGCUGAAUUCAGAGAGCCAAUCGCUCUGCUCUGUCAGCAUGUGUUCUGUGAGGAGUGUUUAUGCCAGUGGUUUGACCGUGAAAGAACGUGUCCGCUGUGUCGGUCAGCGGUGGUCGAAACUCUGCGUAACUGGAAGGAUGGGACAACGUCUGCACACUUUCAGAUCUACUGAACGGAGACCCAGCUAAAUGACAAAGGUUUUCUGGUCCACUUGAAUCAGAUGAAACAUGUUCACCAGGCAUAAAACAUUGCUGUUUGUAAUGUUGUAUGAUGAAACAUGGCAGUGUACUGUAGGGAAGCGUGACAAUAUGUUACACUGUUGAAUGUACAAUAGCACCAUAACAUUAUGUCUGAUAACAGAGUUAAAAAAGUGUGUUUUGUCUUCUUAUACAUGCUUUUCAACAAGUAAAACUUGCAUUUAUAAUAUUAUUAUUAUUAUUAUUAUUAUUAUUAAGCAUGAUAAUCAAUUGUUUUGUAACACUUUUUUUGGGUUUAUCCAAGCUAUUAAACUUAAUCCAGAGUC